AUGGGCCGCGUGCCAUCGCCUGCGAGGCUCGCGCUGCUGCGCGCAAGGAGGCCAUGGGAAACGAACUCAGCCAGGACUCGCCGCUGCUUGGGCUACAUGCUCCAGAGAGGAGCGCCGGCAGUUGGCGGUGCUCUCUGCAUCGGGGGCCGUCUUGAACCUAGGCUUUGGAGUCGUGAUUCCAGCACUGCCCGCGCUUUCACAGGAGCUUGGAUUUGGAGCUCUCGGCGUGGGUCUGUUGCUGGGAGUUCCAGGCCUGGCAAGGGUGCUUGUGAAUCUGCCUGCCGGCGUCCUGGUGGACCGCCUUGGAAGGGUCCCGGCCAUGGUCGCGGGAGAGCUCGUCGCUGCCCUGGGCUGUCUGGGAACUGCUCUGGGAACCUCCAUAGGCACGAUGUUGCCUUUGCGCUUCCUUGGCGGUUCCGGGGCCUCUCUGGCAGCAGCGGGUUCAGCGGCUUACGUCGCAGACAUGACGGAGAAGUCCCACCUCAAGCCCUUUCGCGGCGCCAUCGUUGGCGCACAGGGCGGGCUCAUCUCUGCAGCUUAUGUUGUGGGCCCAGUGAUAGGUGGCGUGCUGACCCAGCGCUAUGGCGCCCCGAUGGCCUACACAACGGUCGCGGGGCUGAUUGCGGUCUGCGGCGCUGCUUAUGCCACGCUGAGCCGCGGCAGCGAACUUCCGGCGUGGAGAUGCGUCUGGGCAUCCUGCUGCGAGAUGCUGCGAAUGACUGGCGCAGUCUCCUGCAGGAUCCGCGGCAGCAGGCGCUCUUUGGUUGUAACCUUGCACUUUCGCUGAACUAUGCAGCCCUUGUAACGAUCAUGCCCUUGCAAGCAUUUCAUACCUUUGGCACGACGGCUGCCGAGAUUGGCGGCCUUUUCUCUAUAGGAUCUGCAACGGGCAUCUUCCUGGCUCCUGUUGCAGGAGCCCUGUCGGAUCGAUGGGGCCGUGCCCCACUCCUCGCGCCGUCGCUGGCCGUUUGCGCAGCCGGCUGCUUUGGAGUGGCCUUCAGCCAGCAGUGGGAGCUAUUCGUGCUGUCAAACCUUCUCUGGUCCGUGGGCGAAGCCGUGCUCGGGCCCGUGCUGAGCGCAUACGCUGCCGACAUUGCCCCAAAGGAAAAGGUGGGCUCUGCCCUGUCGCUGGGCCGGCAAGCGGGGGAUCUGGUCUUCUUCCUGGCCCCACCGGUCCUGGGCUUCAUCUACGACAAGUGGCCUGACCAGGGCGCCAUGAUGCUGCCAGCAGUUCUCACUCUGGUUUGCGCUGCGGCAGUCCGACAUCGCCUGAAGUAA